GUAAGUAGAGCAGUAGACUUCACUGGGGGUGAUGAUAACAGAUAAGGCGCACUCGUCUUUCAUUUCCCACCAAUUGCCUUUCUCUCUCUUCCUCCCUUUUACUUCUCUCUCUUCUUAACCAUUUGAAGGUCUGCAUUUGGAAAUUUUUUCCAAUUUUGAUUUGUUUGCCUCUUCUCGCAGAUAAAAGGAAAUUUAAGGGUGUUACACGUUCGAUAUUAAAUUCUCUUGAUACUAUUGAUAAAAAAACAAGAGGCGUUAGUCUUUAGGAUGCAAAACCACAUAAUGAUGCAGUCACAACAAGGUCUCCAACAGUCUCUAAUCUAUCGUGGAUUUCUUGAAACUUCUCAGAAACAGAAGAAGCAAUUUAGUUGUGCUUCCUUUUUUGAUUCUUUGGACUGCAGACAUGAAGAGGACACUAGUGGAAAGAAAGUGGAAAUGAGCAAUCGAAGGGAAGCCUUAUUGUCAUCAGUUGGAUCAAUUGCUUGCUGUCUUCUGAGUGCUACUUCCUUUACAGCCGUGCCUCCGGCUGCUGUAGCUGCUGCUUCAAGUUCUGAAUUUGCAGACAUGCCGGCACUUAGGGGAAAAGACUAUGGAAAGACAAAGAUGCGAUAUCCUGACUAUACUGAAACUGAAUCCGGUCUCCAGUUUAAGGAUUUAAGAAUGGGAACGGGUCCAACCCCCAAAACUGGAGAUACUGUAGUGGUAGAUUGGGAUGGUUACACAAUAGGGUACUAUGGCCGUAUAUUUGAAGCUCGUAAUAAGACGAAGGGUGGUUCUUUUGAGGGAGAUGACAAGGACUUCUUCAAGUUCAAAUUAGGAUCCCAAGAGGUCAUUCCAGCUUUUGAGGAAGCUGUCUCAGGCAUGUCAUUGGGUGGCAUUAGAAGGAUUAUAGUACCACCAGAACUGGGAUAUCCUGGAUAUGACUAUGACAAGAAGGGUCCCAGACCAACAACGUUCUCGGGGCAAAGGGCAUUGAGUUUUGUGCUGAAAAACCAAGGACUGAUAGACAAGACCCUGUUAUUUGAUAUUGAGCUCCUCAAGAUCAUCCCAAACUGAAUUUUACAUACAGCUGAUAGCGGGUGGUCAGAAGGCAAAACGGGUACGCCAUAACUUUUUGUUGUGUUAUCCAUAUUAUGGCGUCAAGGGUUUAGCAUUUUUGGCGAUCUUGUUGUCCAUAUUGAUUAUAUUAGGACCCCCUCUAUCUCUAAAGCAAAUAAUUGAUGUCCUUGUAUAUCAUUUUUUUUUCUUUGAUGAUGAUCCUUGUAUAUCAUAUCUUAAUGAAACACAAAAGGAAAACCAAAUGUUUUAACCGGUUUGUUAAUUUUGUGCUCUUUGAUCAACCCCUUACCACUUUCUCUGUUUCCAAAAUGAUGCACUCAUUUGUACCCCCCCCAAACCAAAGGAUCAGGAUGCCUUUUAUGUAAUGAAUGCCAAUCUGUAUACCUUCAUUCAAGUCUACUUUUUUGAUCUAGCUCUCAAAAGCGAGUCAUAAUUAGACAUGUACAAUGGAGUGAAUUAUGGCUAGGCUCAAAUAAAACGGACCAGUCAGGGCUUGGCAAGGCCUUGUGAAAACAAAAUACAAGCCUCAAAAGGUUGCAGUGAUAGUCCUAAUUAGGACUCCUAAUAUGUCACUAAUUUUCAAAUCAUACAAUUUACACAAAUUGUUGUAUGGGAUCCUCUAAUCGAGAGACGUGCUUUAUACUUGGGUUAAAUAGCCGAUCUAAUAUAAAUUAUGAGAAUUUGGGCUUCUUGUUUGAGGUUGUCUCACCAAGAGAUGGUCUCUUACAAGAGUAGCUCUUGAGCUACAUGUUUACAGCUUUUUAAGACUAAUAAUCUUGGGGCUUUUAUGCCGAGGACCUGGUUGCCCAGGUGAAUACUCAGGCCUGAUCAAAUAUUAUUAUUUAUUAACUCUCGGAUCACAAUAAUAAUUUAUUCCUAAACAUCAUACCUAAAAUAAAACGGUUUGGUUAGCAACAAAGAAACAUAAUCUCAUCAUCAUUUAUUCCAGGAGUUUGAGUGUACUCUCAACGUUGGACAGAAGGUCAUGGGCCUGGGGGCUCUAAGUAAAAAGAAAGUAGAGAAAGAAAUCGGUGUUGACUGCUGACUGCUGAGCUCGGGAAAGUAUUAGUUUAGUUUAUUGGUAAAGUCUUUUAUAAACUUAGUCAACACUAUUUUAGUGGACCACCCUAAUAAUAGCAAGUAAUUACCGAUGAUUAUACUUGUCAAAUAAAAAUAUUUAUUAUUAUAAUACCUUUUAAUUCUUUCAUGUUAAUAAUGACAGAGAAGUUCAUAAUACAUUUUCACAAAAUAUUCAACACAUUUAAUUGCAGUUCAUAUUCCUUUUCCCCAAAA